ACGUUAAUUCUCUCAAAGAAUCCCAAAAUCCUGGCCAAUCAGGGCAAAGCUAACAGAUUGAAAGAGCAGAAGACAGUUGUCUCUUUCUAUGUCAACAAAUAUUUUCCCGCUCUCUUGGCGGCCUCGGCGCUCUUGUGACUAUUUUAUUAUUAUUCUUCUGAAUUUAGAGUGGUUAUUGAAUAACGUUGAGUUAAUUAUUGUAAUUCGUAAAAACACAAAUUGUGACAUUUACUUACCAAACGAUUGGACAAAGCAAUUUUGAUUGCUGAAUUUCAAGAGAACCACAUCAAACAUGGACCAGCAAAAGUGAGUUCGAACUUUUAUAUAUUUUUUUUGCUUAUGUUUUAUUUGUUUUUAUGUUUUUAGUUUGUCACCUAUGUGGAAAACAAUUGGUAUACCAAACAAUUUUCCAGUGUGUCGAAUAAAAAUCGGCACCUGAAAAAAAUGCAUAGCCAAGCACUUGGGGGAAAAAAACAAAGCAUGUUAAAUGCCCACUUUGCUCUGAUAUGGAUAAAAUAUCAUUUGGAUCCCACGAAAAUUUGAUAGAUCAUUUGGAGCAGAUGCAUUCUUUGGUAAUCCAACAGUCUAGCCAUCAUUUUGCAAACAAGAAAGAUUUUGAGGCUUGGAGAUCUCUUUCCAACAGGAAUGUAGAUUACAUUUUAGAACGAGCAGUUAAAAUUGAUUCUGCUGAAGAAUAUAUUUAUUGUAACUGCAAUCGUAGUAAUACUAUAGGAUAUUUGAGUCCGUGUAGCCAACGAAAUAUGAAGAAGGGAGGCAGCAUUAAGAUAUCUGGAUUAUGUCCAUCAAGAAUUUCUGUUAAAAUUAACAGUUCUGGUAACAUUUUUAUAGCAUCACAUUACAUUCGUUCAUUCAUUUUAUUUCAGGAGUGGCGGUCAAAUAUAUCGAGACACAUGUUGGUCAUAAUGAUGAACUUCAAUCUAAACGUCUCUCCAAUACUCAGCAGGAAAUGCUUGCAAACAAACUUGUUGCCGGAGGAAUGAGUUCUUGAAGAUGCAAGUUUCAUGAAUGAAGGAAAAUUAGAGAGAAUGAAUAUUUUAACAAAAGGAGAUCUCUCAUAUAUCAUUCGAUAAUUUAACAUAAACAAACAGCGAAAUGCAGAUGAUAUGACAGCAACAGCCUUAAAAGUGGAAGAAUUGAACAGUCAAGAUGAAAACACUGUUUUCUUAUUCAAGCAGAUAGGUAAUAAUCAUAUUUUUAUCAGGAGAAAGUCACCCUCAGCCACAAAUUGAAGAUUUUGCUAUAGCUUUCAUGAACAAGUCUAUGGAAAGAGAGUCGAGGGAAUUCCCAAAAAUUAUUUGUAUUGAUGGCAUUCAUGGAACCAACAUGAGGAAUUAUCAAUUGACUAUUGUUUUAGUGAAAAAUGAGAACAAUGUUGGGUUCGCUGUAUCCUUUUUGAUUUCUAAUCGUUUGGAUCAGACGAUCCAAAUAUUUCUAGGUCAUUGAGGGAAAGACUUGGAGAAUAUAUUAUCGUCGCCUUGGACGUUAAUGGGUCUCAUCCACUCAAUAUAAAUUUAGAGUAAAACGCAUGAAUUUGUUUUUUUGGGUGAUGGUGAAAUAUAAUUUCAUUCAUGUAGGUCAAUGUGGUUUUAUUUUGAUUUUGAAUUAUCUAACUAUACUAAAGAAAUGUAUAAGAUUGCUUAGUUUAUAUCCAUUCUGAAUACAUUUUGUUUGUUUGUAGUGUUCACUUGUGUUACGCACACAAACUUUCUCCGAGUAAGCUCUGAUUACUCAAAGCGUUCACAAAUGUACGUAUGUCUUCCUCGGAGUAUGCUCUCUGAGCAUGGUCAUACUCUAGUCUUGUAGUAAGUUUGUGAGUGCAACCUUGGAGAAUAGUGCUAUUGUACAUGCACUGUUGCUUCCCAUGGGUUAUACAGAUUUUUGUUUUGUGAAACAAGUAAAUGUUUUCAGUCAAUUGACUCGUACUUCUUGGAUAUUGUAUUGUUCAGUGUAGAAAAUAAAGAAUGAUAACUUUUCAACCUGGAUGUUUCUGUUAUUCCCUAUGUCCUGCCAUUUUCAUUCUCAAGAGCAUCUAUGAAAAAUUUGAGUGAGAAAAUUUGUGUAUCUCUUUUUGUACGCCAAUUCUUAAAAGUUUUUGAUACAGAAAAAAUUUGAAAAAGCAAUUAUGAAGUUACAUUGCCUACGAGUUCUGUAGAAAAAUAUCCCUAGAAAGAUAAUCCUUAUUUUGAAUAGACAUUAAAUUGUCUGAUAACAUUAGUUAUUUUUUUCUACUCAAUUUUGGAUAUGACCA